UAGCAAAUACACUCUUCCAAAUUCUGUUGCCUUUUUCCCUACACUUUGAUUCUAUAAUCCCUCAAAGGCUCAAACUACGGAUUCCAUAAAUUCCCCCGCGUUUUUCUGCUCGACGUUCCCGUCUGAAGAACGCUUUUUCCCUUAUUCCCUUUCCCUUUUUCUCUCUCGUUCCGUUCCAUUCCGUUCUUCAGAACAAACGCUGCGGAAAUGGGGAGUGGGAAGACCAGAUGGAAGCUCUCAUUUCACAGGUCGACGUUUCUAAGGAAGCAUCUAACAAUACCCACUGAGUUCUUGUGUCCAAUCUCCCGUUCUUUAAUGGCGGACCCUGUUAUCGUCUCCUCCGGCCAUACCUUCGAGCGCCACUGCGUUAAUGCCUGCAAGUCUCUGUCUUUUACGCCGGUUUUGCACGAUGGGUCGUCGCCGGAUUUCUCCGCCGUCAUCCCGAAUUUGGCGCUCAGGUCUGCCAUUCUCAACUGGUGCGACUCUUCUCUUCUGGAAUCUCCGACGCCUAUUGAUUUUCUGUCCGCUGAGAAGCUCGUGCGAGGGUUAAUGGAUUCUCAGAACCGUAAAUCACGGACGACGGAGAAACAGGCUCAGCGGCGGCGUUGUGAUGGGAGCGAUUGCGAGGUUUUGAAGGAGUUUAGUGAGUCGCAGACGACGAGUUCUGAGGAAUCAUCGGUGGCCCCCGGCGCUGGCUCCGCCAGCGGGCCCACUACUCCGCUGCCGCUGACGACGCGGCCGGCCUGUUACUCGUCGUCUUCUUCGUCGUGUGAUUUGGAAGCUCUGCACGCGAAUUCUCUGGACGAGGAUGAGAUUGUAGCGAAGCUCAAGAGCUCGCUCGUGUUUGAGCAGGAGGAAUCGGUUAUCUCGCUCCGGAAGCUGACCCGAACCCGGGAGGAGACGCGGGUGCAGCUUUGCACGCCCCGAAUACUCGCCGCUCUCCGCCCGCUCAUCGUCUCCAGAUACGCCGCCGUCCAGGUGAACGCCGCGGCGGCGCUGGUGAAUCUGUCGUUGGAGAAUCGGAACAAAGUGAAAAUCGUGCGCUCCGGAAUCGUUCCGCCGCUGAUCAACGUGCUGAAGGGCGGUUCCCCGGAAUCGCAGGACCACGCCGCCGGCGCGCUCUUCAGCCUAGCCCUAGACGAUCAGAACAAGACGGCAAUCGGCGUUCUCGGAGCUCUCCCUCCGCUUCUCCACUCUCUACGCUCAGAAUCCGAACGGACCCGACACGACGCCGUUCUCGCGCUCUAUCAUCUCUCUCUAGUCCAAAGCAAUAGGGCUAAACUCGUGAAACUCGGCUCCGUCCAAGCCCUAAUUUCCAUGGUGAAAUCCGGCCAUAUGACACCUCGCAUUCUCCUCGUUCUCUGCAAUCUCGCCGCCAGUCCGGAAGGCCGCGCAGCCAUGCUCGACGGCGGCGCCGUGGAGUGCUUCGUCAGUAUGCUAAAAAGAGAGGAUUUUGAUUCAAGCUCCACUAGAGAGAGCUGCGUUACUGCACUGUAUGGCCUCAGCCAUGGCGGCUUGAGAUUCAAGGGGCUGGCAAAGGAAGCUGGAGCAGAGGAAAUGCUGAUGAAGGUGGAAGCAAAUGGCAGUGAACGGUCCAGGGACAAGGCCAGGAGGAUACUGGAAGUGUUGAGACAGAAGGAUGAAGAAGAUGAAGAAGUGGACUGGGAAGAACUGCUCAACUCUGAAGAUGAUGAUAAACCCAGUUCUUGAUUCCAUGGCAAGUUCAGUUUGGUUAUGGUUUUGUAUAUCUGCUUCAAAUUUGGUUCUUUCUGGGGGGAAUUGGGUUGUAAUUAUCUUCAAGUUUUUUGCUUGCUGCAUAGCUGCUGAUAGAGUGGUAAUGGCUUCCAGGUUUUGGUUAUCUCAGCCAUUGGAGUAAAUAAUAUUUUGCUGAAGCUGUAAAUAAAGAUUGUUUUGGGGGGGAUUUGGGGACAGAAUUUUAUUGGAUUUAUAUGGAAAGAAUCCUUUUUGAUUA